CUCUGUUGCCAAGGCUACCACACAGCCUCUUGCUGCAUAUACCUAGACGAAGCUGCUGCCUGUGGAUCUCGCUCUCCUCCAGGAUACAAACAAAAGAGAGCCCAUCACACUUCGGCUCCUCCGUCUCAUCUUCACAACCGGACAAACAGCUAUGUUUGUGUUCUUUGCCUUUCCAAACCUCAUGCACGCCCUCUGAGUCUCUCUCUCUGUCACUCUCUCUCUCCCUCUUUGCCUCUCAUUGUCAGUCUGUCUCCUUCUCACAUGCAAACACGCUCCCUCUUUUCCCAGACAGAGGAGCAGUAAAGGGAUUGGCGUGCUAGUUGGUGUUUGGCUCCUGGUCUUUGACUCGGAGGGGAGCAGAGCAGCAGAUGGUGAUGUGAAGACGAGCUCAGCCAGAACCAACUCUGCCUCACAAUGGCUGACAACAACCAGUUGCCACAGGAUACAGGAUUCAAACCCAUCAUGUGAUCCGCCUCCUUCACCAGUUCCCUGCCAUCUCUUGUAGGGGGAUCAUGACCCGCCGGCUGAGCAGCUCCACUCGUUCCCACACUGAAGACUCCAUCUUCCUGAGGCCCGAUGAGGACCCCGUCUGGUUGGAUGAACCCACAAAGGCGGAAAAGAUAGGCGAUGGAGCCGCUAAAAAGGACGGUGUGUCUGACUGCAAAGAUGGAUGCCAAAGCCAGGAGGGAGAGGAAGUGUUUAUCCACAAAGUGUAUGCAUUGGUGGUGGAGCUUCACUGCUGGGCUGCACUGUUCAUCAGCUCUCAAGUCACAGGAUAUUGGGUGUUCUUUGUGCUGGAAGGAAAUGGACCAGUCUCUUCCUUAUACAAAGCCCUUCAGGUCAUGGACUUCUACUUGGGCUUUUUUUUACCAUGUCAAGCAAUUUUUGGAAUGGAUUCUGCAGUGUUGAUGAAAGAGGUACAAAACACGACACAGCACUACUGGAUUGUCAGCGGCACUGCAGUCAUUGGAGUGGCAAUCUUUGUUAUCAUGGUGAUCCACAUGGUGUUUAAGUGGUGUUAUGGAACCGGCUUGUGGUCGUCAGGAACAAUUUCCAGAGAGAUCGGUGAUCGGCGGCAGUCUGUGAGCCGCCAACCCUCCUUCACCCUGUCAGAGUGGACUGAUGCCCAGGAGGAUCUGAUGGAGCUCGACCCGGUGCCUCAGACCCCCAUCUUUGACAUGGGCACAGACACCAGGAUGGAAGGAGAUGCCUCCACCCUCACCGUCACCCCAGUGGGGCUUCAGGAGAGGAGAGGCUCCAAUGUUUCUCUGACGUUGGACAUGUGCACGCCAGGCUGCACGGAGCCCUACGGCUACGGGGCUCAGCUCUCUCCCCGAGACCAGUCGGCCCAGGAGUACCUCCGACAGGGAACGCACGUCCUGACCCCUGCCAUGCUGCACACAAGGGCCAUGGAUGACCAGAGCCUGCAGGCGGAGUUUUAUGAAACUCCCAUGAACUUUGUGGACCCUAAGGAGUAUAAUUACCCAGGGCUUGUGAGAAAAAAUCGCUACAAGACCAUUUUACCCAAUACACACAGCAGAGUCAUCUUGAAGUCACAGGAUGAAGAUGAUUUUCUUUCAACCUACAUUAACGCGAAUUAUCUCAAAGGUUAUGGGGAUGAGGAACAAGCUUACAUUGCCACGCAGGGCCCCACUGUGAACACAGUGGGAGACUUCUGGAGGAUGGUGUGGCAGGAGAGAAGCCCGAUUAUAGUGAUGAUCACCAAUCUGGAGGAGAAGAACGAGAAAUGUGCAGAGUACUGGCCUGAGGACACUGUGACCCAUGAGGGCAUAGAGAUCGCCGUUGUCUCAGUAACUCAAGAGGAUGACUACAGCCUGAGGGUGUUUACUCUAAAGUGCGGGGAAGAGGAGCGCACCCUUCGGCAUUACUGGUACACCUCCUGGCCGGAUCAGAAGACCCCAGAUAAGGCUCCGCCCCUGCUGGAGCUGGUCCAGCAAGUGGAAGGAGCCAGAGAGGAAUCCCUGCCAUCCAGUGGCCCAAUAAUUGUCCAUUGCAGUGCUGGGAUUGGUCGAACUGGCUGCUUCAUUGCCACCUCCAUCCUGUGCAAACAGCUGAGGACUGAGGGUGUGGUUGACAUCCUGCGAGCCACCUGCCAGCUCCGUCUGGACAGAGGUGGAAUGAUCCAGACCUGUGAGCAGUACCAGUUCGUGCAUCAUGUCCUCAGCCUGUAUGAGAAGCAGCUGUCUCGCUCCGCUGAAGAAUAACGUGAGCACGACAGCCGUGCACCCAGACCGAGACACACCACUGUACACCGUACCACCUGUGGUGGUAUGCACCACCUUACCUAGCAUUGUCACACAAUCUCACCCUUUAACAACCCAAACCAUGUCGAUCUCUUCACCCAAACCAGGCUCGUUCAUAUGGGACCGUGCUUAAUGUUGCUGUACAGAAUCCUCAUCGAAAACUGUUUUAACGUCUGUCCAGCAGGCCUGUUCGAAUCCAAGCCCACGGUCUCUGUGUUGCUUCAUUCGUGCUGCUGAGACUCUGCAUCACACUGACUCUCAGAGGUCUGAGUUGUCAAGGCCUUGUUUCAGUCUUGGUCUGAAAUAGCUCCAUUAUGUAAUGAUUGUACAGCUAUCAAAAGGUUAUAGUAGAAGUAAGGCAUUGUCAGAUCUCUCGCACUAGAGUUUGCUUUAAGAAAAUUCACUCUAAGAAAGUUAGUGUUUAAAAUAAGGGCCCUUUACAGUAUAAGUGCCAGCAUAAUUGAAUCUUACAGAGAUAAUCAAAUACCAGCCUAAUAUGUACCACUAUAUUGAUGUAAAAUAUUAACCAACAUCUAGCUUUUUUCUCACUGACUCUCUUUCAAUGUAAAAAAAAAAAAAACAUUGCAGAAGGCCUGAGUCACGUCAUUUUCAGGUUGCAUGGUGCUAAGUAUUCGUUAAAGGCAUGUGCAAUGUUAUGGAACAUAGGAAUGUAAAAGUUAGGCUAAUUAGGGUUUCUGUGCAAACUAAAAGUAUUUACGUCUUUUUUUUAGUCCAGGCUGCGUGUGGCAGUUCUAAUGGCCCGUGGUGUUUACAGAAAACAACAUCCUAAAUGUUCCCUCAGAGGCGUCACAGAGCCACAGCAAAAGUGGCAAAAGCCAGAAACAGAACCCCAAAACGCGAAGGGCAGCACGGAAACGGGCGAUCUCGCAGAGAAAAGCAACAACCUGGAGGGCGGUGACAUUCAGUUUGUUCUCAUAUCACUCUCGUCAGAAUUGUUCCAUAAAGUUUGUCGUCCUUCUGCUCUGUGAUGCCUCUGCUUACAACAGUAGCUUGAACGCAUCUGUGAGGUAACAAAGCUCAUGAUUGUUGUAUAGACAGGCCAGGCCUAAUCUGUAUGAAGCACAAUAGACCAACUAAGGUUGUCUCUCUGAUGUUCAGCUGUAAAGCUUAUUUUUCUGUAUUGUGUUUUUGAUUGUGUUGAGUUUAAUGGAUUGCAUGUGCCGUAUGGGACUCAGUAGGGUCCACAAUCAAAGCGACGUGAUUGGUUGUCCCGCUUUUCGUUGUGUGAAAAAAAGAUUAUUGUUAUUAUUAUUAUUAUUAUUAUUAUUAUUAUUAUUAUUAUUAUUAUUAUUAUUAUUAUUAUUAUUAUUGCUUGCUCUCAGCCAAUGCUUUUGAUACAGUUUGCUUUUGUGAAACCAACCAGAGAUAUUUUUAGAACAUUUUGAUACAAUCCUUUCGAGUAGAUGCCUUGUGUAUAUUUCUGUUUACAACAUAAUGGAAUGUAGCUCAUACUGUGGAUCAAAACCAUUGGUUUAUAUUGCAAGAUUUAAGAGAACAAAAUGUGACAACUACCCUAAGUUACCUUACAGUAAAGUAAAUAGAUAUAUUAUAUUCAGUCUUGAGUAUUACUAUUACUUUAGGCCUUUAGGCUUUGCUUUAAUAUGCUUUGCUUUCUGUGUAUGUUUUUAUUGUUUUUCUUGGAGAAUUUUACCUCAGACUGAGUUUUUACACAGUCCCUGUUUCCAUCUGUGAAUCUAGACCACUCUCAGUUGACAAAACAGUUGAGAAAUAAAAUGCUAUGUGCAAGGCAGCUAAAACAGUGCAGAUAGUUUUCUAUGUAACAAAAAUCCAACAACUUCUAUGGCUGUGAACAUUAUCAGAGGACCUUAAAAAAUUACCUUUGUGGGUUCUGACCCGUAACUAAACACAAACUCAACAAGGAGGAUUAAACUGCCAAAAUUGCUAGUAAAACGGCACUGGACUGAGACUGACAACAAAUGCCACAAUCUAUUGCCAGGGCUCUGACAUAAUCCUCUGAUAAUGUUCAGUGUCCUCGACCCAACAGCUUUUCUUUUGAGUGUUUGUUACCAGUGCUUCAGUUGUCCUCUUCUAAUGUUUCAAAUGAAGAUGACAAAAACAGCCAGUCACACAUACAAUAACCAGCAAUCAGUAUUCCUCUCCUCUGCUAAAGUAUUGCUUUAAGUUGUGAGUUUUUGCAUCCAAAUAAAAGUAGAUUUUCAUGAA